GAGGUUUGUAAAAAUAGAUAAACACUGAAAGCUGCAGCGGAGUUCUGUUUGCUCCUGCCUAGUCUGUUGGCUUUUUUAUUUAUUGUACGCAUGUAAAUAAGGAGAGAGAAGUAAUAGCGACAGACUGAUAUACGAUUAAAUCUGUGUGACAUGGCUGUCUGUUUCAGAUUAAGAGGAGCGCUUUAAUGUGCUGUUUGCUAAGCUAACAAAGCUAGCCCCUUCUUAGAGGCAGAAAACAACAGAGGAGCUUGGAUGCAAUCGGAUGGCUUCAGCGUCUGCUGCUGUGAAAGAAUGGCGGGAAGGUGACUGUUGUCUUGCUCCGAGUUCCCCUGAUGGCAUCCUGAGAGAAGCCACCAUACAGAGACUGACCUCCAGUACACAGACUAAUGAUACAGCAUGGGUGAUAUUCAGGAGAGAGCCUGGAGAGGAAGAGCAGAAGCAGGAAGCCAUAUCUGUCACAAAACUUAUGAGAUCUGGCUUAAAGCAAUCUAUACAAGAGAAACCCGUGUUCCCUGGCAGCAACGCCGACACAAUCCUCUGCACUCCUUUACAUCUGAGGGAUGAAGACAGAGUACCUUAUACCAUCAACAGAUAUUUAAGGGAUUACCAAAGGGACGGGAUCAGGUUCAUUUACAACAACUACAUGAGCUCCACUGGUUGUAUCCUAGGAGAUGACAUGGGCCUUGGAAAAACUGUGCAGAUUAUAGGUUUUCUUGCUGCUGUGUUGCACAAAACUGGGACAUGGGAGGACGUAGAGAACAACAGGCCUCAGUUUCUCCAAACUCAGAUACCCUCCAAUCAAAGUAAUCCUAGCAAGGUUUUUCUGAUUGUGGCUCCACUGUCAGUGCUUUAUAACUGGAAGGAUGAACUGGACACAUGGGGUUACUUCCAGUGUGUGGUGGUCCACGGGCUGAGGAAGGAGGAGGAGCUCGCGCGCAUCAAGAAUGGCCGCGUCGAGAUCGCUCUCACCACCUAUGAGACUCUCCGCCUCUGCCUGGAUCAGUUUAAUAAAAUCAACUGGUCAGCAGUGGUUGUUGAUGAGGCUCACAAGAUAAAAAACCCAGAGUCCCAGAUCACUCAAUCUAUGAAGGAGCUGAGAUGUAAGAACAGAAUCGGUCUCACUGGGACCAUCUUGCAGAACAACCUGGAAGAGCUGUGGUGUGUUAUGGAUUGGGCCAAUCCAGGUUGCCUUGGCAACUUGGGGCAUUUCAAGAACAAUUUCUCAGAUCCCAUCGAAAAGGGGCAGAGGCACAGUGCGACCAAACGCGCCCUGGCUACUGGGAGGAAGACUGUUCGAGCCCUGGUGAGGAAGAUUGCUCCUUUUUUCCUCAGGAGAACGAAAGCGCUCAUCAAAGAGCAGCUGCCAAAGAAGGACGACAGAGUAGUGUACUGCUCCCUGACAGACUUUCAGCAGACUGUUUAUCAGGCAGUGCUGGACACUGAGGAUGUGACGUUACUGCUGAGGUCUUCAGAGAAAUGUGACUGCCAAAGUGGACGCACCCGAAGGGGCUGCUGCUAUCAGAAAAACUCUCAGGGUGUUUAUGUUAAGCAUCUGUACUUUACCUACUUGGCCAUAUUGAGGAAGGUUGCCAACCAUGCAGCCCUCCUUCAGUCUACUUCAAGCACCAGCAAGAAACAGGAAAGGUAUGUGAGUUCCGUCUGUGCUAAAGUUUUCCAGAGGUUCCCAGACUUUGUGCAGAGAUGCAAGAAUGAAGCCUUUGAAGCUCUUUCAGACCCGAUGUAUAGUGGGAAAAUGAAGGUUUUGCAGAAACUUCUGAAGUACUAUCUGCAGAAGAGAGACAAAGUGCUUAUCUUUUCUCUGUCAACCAAGCUCUUAAAUAUCCUGGAGAGUUACUGCAUGGCAGAGGGACUGGAUUUUAGUCGAUUGGACGGAACCACCAAGUCCAGAGAAAGAGUCCAGAUUGUGAAAGAAUUCAACAGCUCAUCUCACGUCAAUCUGUGCCUGGUUUCUACCAUGGCCGGGGGUCUUGGUCUUAACUUUGUAGGUGCUAACGUCGUUGUGCUGUUUGACCCCACCUGGAACCCAGCCAAUGAUCUUCAGGCUAUCGACAGGGCGUAUCGUAUCGGCCAGUGCAGGGACGUCACUGUUCUCAGGCUGAUCUCACUUGGGACUGUAGAGGAGGUUAUCUACCUCAGACAAUUAUACAAACAGCAGUUGCAGUGCUCAGUAGUCGGUAAAGAGAGCGCCCGGCGGUACUUUGAAGCAGUACAGGGAAAAAGUGUCUGUAAAGGGGAACUGUUUGGGAUCAAAAAUCUGUUCAGGCUGCAGACAGAAGGAACGUGUCUCACCCGCAGGAUUUUAGAGCGAGAGGGACAAGUGGAGGCCGGGGUCAUAACAACGAAAACACACAAAGAAGGCGAGAAGGAGAACAAGACGAGCAGAAAUGAAGAACAUGGAGACGACACGCUGUCGAAGGAUGAGGCACCUGAGAAGAACAUGCAGGUUUCCAGAAUCCCAAAAGGUGUGCUAGAUUUCAGCAGUGGGAGCGAAACUGAUGAAGAGUUGCAAGGGCCAAAGCCAAAGACUUCAAAUUCGAGUGCAGGCCACGGCAACAGGAGUGGCAAAGCUGCUGGUGGACCUGUUCACAUGAGUCUUCUCCAACAUGGCUUCUCCAGACUCCUUGAAACCAUCAAGGAUAGACAGCAGCUGAGGGAAGGAGACUGUAGCUCCUCUGCUGAAGGUAGUCCGUUUGAGGAGGAGGCAGGAGAUCAAAAGAUAGACGAUACCUGCACAGGCAUCCGCACAACGUCCUGUGAAGGAAAUUGUGUUGCCUGCCUCCCAGAAUCUGAAACAAAACCCCAGAACAAAUCCAUCGGCUCAGACAGAAAAGACAGAGAUGAUGGAAACAACAUUUUAUUGUUAAAAGAGGGGGAUUAUGCUGAAAGACAGAGAUGGGGCCUAAAAAGACAGCUAGAUAAACAAAUUGCAGUGGAUGAGGAGAGUGAUGGAAAUUCCUCACCAGAAAACAACAAGGCUAGUAGGCUUAAAAGCACAGUUACAAAAGUGCAUCAGUUUGAAGGAUGCUCAGAUGAAUCUGAGGAUUUUGACCUAGAGGCACAAAUAUGUUCCAAAAGGGGUGCUUCAAAUUUGCACAACAAAGAAGAUGAUGGAGGCAGGAGGAAUCCGGGCCGCAGCAGAAGAAGGCAAAGUGCCGGAGCAAGGGACAAGGCAAGAUCCAAGUUUACAGAAGCGAUAGAAGCUUUUACGUCUUCAGAAGAUGAACGUUCAGCUCCUGGGAGACGAGCGGGAAGGUCAGAAGUUGCUUCGUUUACAAGUCCGAGAGGUUCAACAACUCCAGCAUCUGAGGAAAAGGAGCAAACCAUCGACAACGUGCUGGGACGUGUGCAGGAGGUGGCUUAUAUGCACUCUAACCAGCGGGUGGUGGGUGGCAGCAGAGCAGAGGAGCUGAUCAGCAGAGCGGCUGUGCGGGACGUGUUUGAACGCAAAAUGUACUCACAGCUUCCGGCCAACAACCUGCUGGGAACCCAGGAGAGCCUCCCAGCGAGUUUACCAGACAGCCAGCCUAAGUCCAGUGCCAUCCAUCUGCAGAGGCCCAAAGUGGAUCAUCCGGUGAUCUUCUCCGACAAGAAGAUCCAACACACUGGAUGCACUACAGUCAUUAUUGGAGAUACUCCCAAAGCAGUCUGCAGGCAACAGCUGGAGGAAAUGGCCCAACAUUUCAAAUUUGUUUCAGUCCAUCAGUUUGCCACUGAGAUUCUGAAAGGAAGUUCAUCUCAUAGACUCGACUGGCUGUGUCGGUACUACGCUUCGCUGAACCACUCUGAUGUGGCCGAAGCUGUCAGAGAAAACUUCCCUGACACGACAGCGCAGCCUUCCUCUCCUACAACUGCUGCCUUCUCAUCGUCUACUAAAAUGUCAGACAAAACCCAACAAAUUAAAUCUUCUAGAGUCCGAAAAAUAAGGAAAUGCAGUCAGACCAGAAGAACUAACCCCACAUCUCCACAAAGCAAUGUUUCUUCACCACAGAGUGAAUCUGGCGUCCUAAAAAAUAAUGGUCUUGAACCACCAAAAAAGGCACGGAUAUCUGAGAAGAAUCUUCCAGAUCCUCUACAGGACGUUCAGAGGUUUGUGUCAGAGGAGCAGGAAGAGAUGGUCUCUGGUGCCAGCAGACAUUCAAGGACACAGAAGAGCAGUGUUUCUACUGCUGGAGCCUGCCGAGCUGGUAGUGGUCUUGCCGUAGAUCGGGCCAGAGGCCUUGGUCAGGGAUCCAGGGAGUCUGCUGUUGCUGCUUUCCCGAACCACACAGACAGAGACUGCCCUUCUUCGUCUGACCUCAGGCGUUGCAGCUCCGCCACGUUAUCCAAACCCACAGCUCAAGACGGGGAGCAAGGAAUCCAGGAAUCCUCACGGAGGACGGGUGAAACAUCGCGAGAAGGUUCUGAGCCUCCUUCUGCCUUGUGCAGUAGCACCCACCUCAAAGAUCUUAUAGGAGAUACGUCCAUUCUUGAUGAUUUGCUGAAACCUAAAGGCAAGAAUGUGCAACAGAAAAGCGCCCCAAAAACACCUCCUGUAUCUUCUUUGCUGCCAAACCCAACGCCCGACACAUCUUCUUCACCUAAACUAACUUUAGGUACUGAUUCAAGCUCAGGAACACAAAACACCGCGCUGGUGCAGACGUCAAGAAGCGCUUGCAAAGACAUCUGGGACAUCCUCAGCGAGGGCAAUGAAGAGAGAAUCAACAAGCUGACAGACCCAGAGGUGGUGCAGAAAGUUUGCAUUAACACCACCUUUGCAGCUCGAGGUUUUUCUGGACAAAAGGAAAGCAAAAAUCUCUGGAAAACAAAUGACAAGUUUCUAUGGAGGAAAUGACACAAUAAAGCCUUUUAGAAUAUUAUUUUAUUUUAGAAGUGUCAACCGGCAAUGUUGCCCAAAUACUCAGCUUGGUUAAACUCUGAAAUUCAGAUUGUACAUAUUUUAAAGUUUGUUUUUGUAUCCAUGAUUGUGCAUAAAAGGCACAAUCAUGGUGUGAAUGAUUGUGCCUUUUAUGCAUCAACUUAGUGAGGUGCAAAAUAACCUUGUAUUCACUAACUUAGGACUGUUUUGCUGUUGCAAAGCUGAAGUUGAAGACAGUGGCUCUUGGGGAUUGAUUUUUUUUUUUUAACAUCACUGUUAAAAUAUUGUGUGCUGUAAAUGGUCAGAUUCUCCUGCAGUUUUUUACUCUGUUAUCCGAGUUGUCAGUUGUGCCACAAAGGUCCCCAAAAAGUGACACCUUCUGAGCGAAAAUAACAAGCAGUUAAUGAUCUUGGGAAGGUUUGAAUGGAUUGUCCUUACGUUCCUCCGUUUGAAACUCUAUUUACUUUUUUUUUUGGCUCUUUCCUUUUGUUUAUUUUGUUUGUAUUUCCUUGUAAUUCCUGCAAAGCACUUUGUAUUGCCUUGUUGCUGAAAAUGUGCUAUAUAAAUAACAUUACAAUACAUUACAUUUUAUUUUUACACGUCAUAUUCAAACUCUUGCAUCUCCUGCUUGCAUCAUUCCCGUAACACAAAAGCGAAGUCAGGCGGCUCAUUUGUGCGUUAAUUAUUUCACGAGCAUGUCGUGACACACAGCUGUGUUUGACCCCUUUCAGCUAUUGUGCUGAGGUAAACUGACACCCCAAAAGAAAAUCUGCGCUCCGUGCUGUGUUUAGCAGAAAUGGGAAAGUUCAGAUAGCCAUCAGUAAACAAGAGACAGGAACGGAUGUCUCAAAAGACUGCACAAGAUGUUAAAAAGCUUGUGUUCGUACUACUGGGUGGCAGAUAGCUUCAUGCACAUGUAUGCUGCGGCCACACCCGUGUUAAGUCGUACACAGGAAGAAAUAAAACACCUUUUAUUCCCCAGAACCCUAAACCACUUCCUUGUUACUUCUUUUUCUUUCAUCUGCAGAUUUGCAGAUUCCAGUUUUUUUGUUUAUUGUUUUUGUCAUCAAAGGAAAAAAAAAUUUUCUAACACCCGAUUGCUGGGAACGGUUUAUGUCCAAACAAACAAUGCCCUAAUUGUAUCUUAUAUUUAAAGCCAUCUGUAUAAGUUUGCCAAUGAUGGAAAGCCAAGUAACGGUUACCCUGUAGAUAUCAGGCUGUGGCACCUAAUUUGGUUUUACAAGACUGUUUAUGGGACUUUGACAUCCUUUUUGAGCUAGAUUGCCACUCAUCUUUGCUUCCAAUCCAAACUUUUUGAACUCUGGUUAAAAACUUUGUCCACAGAUGGAAAACAGUUGAUUUUAGUCACUUGUUAAUACAUGCAAACUUGUAGUUUUCUUCAGCCUGAAUGAAAAUACUGAUUUUUAUUGGAGCUUUUAUGUAUUCUACUGUUGAUUUGCAAAAAGCAAUAACGGAUUCAAAUGUAAGCACCAAAGUUUUGUUUGUAAAAUUCCUUAAAUCUAUCUAUUAUUAUAGGUCCUCACAAAGUGAUGGUCGAUCAUGCGCAUAAAGCCUUUAGAGAAUCACUGUAUUCAUUAGGGAACAUGCUGAUUUUGUUUGAGUCAUUAAACAUAUAACGUAUGUGGGAAGAAAUAUUACCCAACAUUUUAGCGCAAGAUUUCUUAACAGAAACUUUGGGGCAUCUCAUCAAGCUAACAGCUGCAGUGGAGGGGUGCAGAGCUCUCCUGUUCUUACCGUAACAGGCAGAGGAGGUCUCUACAUUA